ACGGGGCGGGGGCACCGGAGCGAUCUGCGCACCACGGCGCCCGGGCGCCCGACCUGCUUAAGACGGCCCUGGGCCUUUCUAUAACUCUGGUGCCCUUACAUAUAAAGGUAAAGGGACCCCUGACCAUUAGGUCCAGUCGCGGAUGACUCUGGGGUUGUGGUGCUCAUCUUGCGUUAUUGGCUGAGGGAGCCGGUGUACAGCUUCCAGGUCAUGUGGCCAGCAUGACAAAGCCACUUCUGGCGAACCAGAGCAGCACAUGCAAAUGCCAUUUACCUUCCAGCCGGAGCAGUACCUACUUGCACUUUGAAGUGCUUUUGAACUGCUAGGUUGGCAGGAGCUGGGACCGAGCAAUGGGAGCUCACCCCGUCGCGGGGAUUCGAACCACCAACCUUCUGAUCGGCUAGCCCUAGGCUCUGUGGUUUAACCCACAGCGCCACCCGCAUCCCAUUACAUAUACUGCACAAUCGGGCAAUUCAUAACACUGCUUGGAACACAGAAGUAAGCAUCAUGUGGCUGCUUUACUUAAGCCCAUGUAGAUUGCCAAAUUAUUCCACUUCUACUUCAUGCUGAUCUGGUCAUGUGCAGCCACUGCCAUGUGUUAAACUUAUUCAUCUUUUUUUCCAUGUUGUGGCUUCCUGAUCCCCUUCAGGCUCCAUGCCCACCCACCCUUCAGAGUCCUAUCCUGAGGCCAGCAGAAUCCAGGUCACACUGGAGUGGAGAAGAGCAAGCCAGUCUUGAUGUAACAUUUCUGGUUGGCAGAGAGCAGAAGGAAAUCUUUGCCCAUCGCUGCCUCCUCUCUUCCCGCUGCCAGGCACUCCAUGCAAUGCUAAGCCAGCCCCAGGAGAUACAAGCCCCACUGAUCCUGAGCCACAUGCAGCCGGAGGUGUUCCUUGCAGUUAUUGAGUAUCUGUACACCAAUAAUGUCACCCUCAACAACAACAUUGCCCUGGAGGUCCUGACUUCAUCCAUAGAGUAUGGGCUGGAUGACCUCAGAAAGCUAUGUGUUGAAUUCAUCAAGGACACACUGAGUGUGGAGCAGGCCUGUGAGGCCUUCCAGGCAGCUGUAGCAUAUGGGCAGGUGGAUUUGAAGAUGCAUUGCCUGGCUUUCAUCGAGAGUUGUACUCAGGAUGUGGUGCUAACACGUGGCUUCUUGGAAUUGUCGGAACUGGCAAUGCAAACUAUCUUGCGCAGUGACUGUUUGGCCAUCGAUGAGGUGAAGCUGAUUCGUGCUGUUCGGGAAUGGGCUCAUGUUGGAUCCGCUGUUCUGGACAGGACUGUGCACGAUGUGGCGGCGGCAGUGGUGCCAGGGCUGCGUCUGGAUCUGCUGUCACCAAGUGAGCUGACCAUGCUGGAGGAGGAGAACAAGAAGGACCAAAUGAUUCCAGUGAGAGAGGCUACCCAUCUCAGUGGAAAGCCUGGCUCAAGCCUGGAAGAUGCAUGCACUACGGAAGGGGUGUGGAAUGCGAUCCUCCUUGUGCCAGCGCCGGCGUGGAACGCUGUCACGAGAACAUCAACGCCCCCUUGACCCACAGCACAAGUGACAAGGUGACGCCUGAAUAAGAAGGCUGUAAUACCUCCAUGCCCAGCCCAUCCAACUUUGGUCAUGUUGGCACUGGGAACUUGCAGCUGCUGCUUUAAAUGCCUUGGGGGCAUCCUGCCUGGAGCCUGAGCCUUACAGUCCAAUUGGCAGAGAGAGGUAGGGGAGAGUUCCAUUCUGUGAGGGGGAAAGGCCUGGUUUCCAUCAGAGGUAGACAAGUUCCAUCCAGGCUAGGGCUUUAUCUAAUAUCUGGUUUUUUAUUCUUUUGUUUCUUCCAAUCCUAACCGGCUCUUAGUGUAGUGGUGAGUGUGUCAGACUGAGCAUGAGCAGGGAGAGAGAGGGAGAGAGACCCAGGUUCAAAUCUCCACUCACCCUUGAAGUUUAGUGGGUGGCCUUGGACCAGUCACACUCUCUUAGCCUGAUCUAUCUCACAUGGCACCAGGCGUGCUUCCCUGGGGAAAGCACCCCACAAGCAGAGAGCCACCACUGAAAAGGCCCCGUUCUCGUGUUGCCAUCCCCUGCACUUCCCUCAAAGGUGGCACAGGGAGAAGGGCCUCAGAUAAUGAACACAGUGUCCAGAUAGGUUCAUGUGGGGAGAGGCAAUCCUUGAAGUGCUGGGGUCCUGAGCAGCAUAAGGCUUUAUAGAUCAAAACCAGCACUUUGAAUUGAGCCCCCAAACUAGCUGGUAGCCAGUGCAGUUGUGCCAAGAUUGUUGUUAUAUGCUCAGACUAUCUUGCCCCAGCUAGCAAUCUGGCCACCUUAUUCUUCACCAUGGCUCGCCUACCACAAGGGGCAAAGGGUAGGAGAGGUGUGUUUACUUGGAUUGGUCAUGGAAAGGUGCUCCUACAUCAAAGUGAAUGUUUUCAUUGUAGACAAUAGGGGUGUGUCAUAGGAAAUCCUGAGCACUAUCAUAUAACCAGCUGCCAUAAACAGUGCUUUCUUAAUACUUUGAUGCACUUUCUGUCAAGCAAUCAUCUUAUCACUUGAAAACUGCCACUCCAACCAACCUUCUAAAUUGCACCCGUUACUAAAAGAUAUAAUUGCAUCUGCUCAGAGUAGUGCUUAUACAUGCUUGUCAGUCUGUGUCAAAGCACGGGAGCUAAGGUCUCCUUGACACUUAUCUCACUUAUCUCAGAAACAUUGCUUAGUAUAAUAUACUCAUCUAUAUGAGUCACUCUUCCGCUAGGAGAUUGCAAAAGUAACAAGGGCCAGGUUCAAAAGCUGGUCAAGUUGUGGGAGAUAGUUCUGUAAUGACCCAAGCCCUCAUAGAAACUGGCUGUUCUGUGGGCAGGACCAUCCCUUUGCACUUACACAAAUAAUGUUUUCUUUUAAAUGGAACUAGAACCUCAUCAUCGUAGAAUAAUAAGAACAGCAAGUAUUACAAAUAAAACUCAUUCCCCUUUAACAUAAUCCGAACAACUUCUUAUGAUCUUUAGCAUUUUCCAAAUUGUCCCUAAUUUAAGUAAUGGAUAAUAUGAAGGAAACAAACAAACUAAAGAACACAUUUGGAUAUUGAUAGUAGCAAGAUUGUUCAUCAUCCAAACUUGGAUGUGUUUGCAUGGUUUAACAAUGGACUUAGUUAAAGGUAAAGGAACCCUGGAUGGUUAAGUCCAGUCAAAGGCGACUAUAGGGUACAUUACAAUGAUAAUGAUAAUGAUAAAUUACUAAUUUCCCACUCUUCAGCCUAAGGUCCCAGAGCAGGUUACAACAAUACAACCACAGAAAUAAGGUGGGUCCUAAAAAUAUACACCCAAGUGUCAAAAACCAGGGUGAAUAGGUGUGUGUAGAGAUGGGCUAUAGCUGAAUAAUAAUAAUAAUAAUAAUAAUAAUAAUAAUAAUACAAAAGGGCUGCCUUCAGAAGUUGUGUAGUUCUUUAUCUCCUUGACACCUGAUGGGAGGGCAUUCCACAGGGAGGGUGCCACUGCCAAGAAGGCCCUUGCCUGGUUCCCUGUAAUGCCACUUCUCGCAGUGAGGGAACUGCCAGAAGGCCCUCGGGAAACAACCUCAGUGUCCGAGCUGAAUGAUGGGGGUGGAGACGCUCCUUCAGGUAUACUGGGCUGAGGCCAUUUAGGGCUUUAAAGGUCAGCACCAACACAUUGAAUUGUGCUCGGAAACAUACUGGGAGCCAGUGAAGAUCCUUUAGGACCAGUGUUAUAUAGUCCCGGCAGCCACUCCCAGUCAUCAGUCUAGCUGCUGCAUUCUGGAUUAGUUGCAGUUUCCGAGUCACCUUCAAAGGUAGCCCUACACAGAGCACACUGCAGUAGUCCAAGCGGGAGAUAACUAGAGCAUGCACCACUCUGGCGAGACAGUGUGUUUAAAGUGUUGAACAGCAAGGAAACACCAGGUGUGUUUUUUAUACUACAUGGUAGCAAUUUAUUUCGUACACCAAUGAAACAGGACUUAAAGAACAACACUGCAACUACAGAUGCCAUAACUGUCUCUGUCUCCUUUAGUAUGAAACAACUUUUAUUUAUUUUGGAUGAUAACGGGACUGUCGCUCAGAUGUUGUACUUGAUAUAUCAUAUUUUGCUGUAAUAAAUUACAGAAAGCUUUUAUAAAUGCUAUGUACCUCCACUAGUGGAACAAGCUGGAUGGGAGGCAGGAAUAGGCUCAAUUUCAUUGUCAUUAUUUUAUAUAUAUCAUCAAAAUUGUUU